AUGCGCCUUCAGACUCCUCUGCAGCUGAAAAGUGCGCCUGUCAUUGUCGACGACGAAUCCGCCAUCCCAGAGUCAGUCAUUAUUGCCUGUCAGGAGGCCCAAAAGGGUGGCCUCCUGGCCUCUUCCAACUACGGAAAUCUACUCGCAUCAAUGUCGGGUUACGAGAAACCCCAAUCUUAUGGCUACGGCUACGGCAUUGCCACACGACCUGAUCAGGCACCUGGCUAUCCCGCAUACAACCAAUCACAGUUCAACCUCUCCUACUCAAAUUCACACGCGCAGUCAUACCAAUCCCAUGACUCGUCUUAUGCUCAACAAAAUGCACCAUCCUAUCCUUCUUACAUGGCUGCCGGGUCCCGUACCUUGCCUGAAAUCGUCUCGCUUACGCCACAACGAGGUCCUGCAGGAGGUCGAUUCAUCAUCUACAUGAACGCCACUGAGGACUUGGAAAGCAACGGAGUCUCUUUCAUCGUGUCCUUCGGUACCAAGCGCUGCGAAGGUCGUCUUACCACCUUGCCCGGUUCUGGCCAGCAACCAAACUUUGCCAUUCUCGUUGACGUGCCCGCAUUCGAGGCUACUGCAUCGUCGAGCACUGCAGUCACCAUCUACCUGGAGAUGGUAGACAGUAACAAGCAAGCCUUGAAUGUACCUGUCGAGGUCGGUCAGUAUACAUACACGGAUGCAACACCUUAUGCCAUCUCGAGUCCCUCGCAAGGCAGCACGCGCAAGAGGAAGAUGUCAGAAGACGCCCAGUCUCCGAACAAGCGUCCUUCGUCGCAGAACCUCCGCGACUCUCCUCUUCACAACCCUGGUGAAGUCAAGUUCUCCCCACCCUCAUCCAACAUGGUCGACCCAUAUUCCUCUCGUCCUCAGACGGCUUCCAGCGCAAUCUCGUACGCUCGUUCUUUCAACGCCCCUGCACCUGCCCAGUACUCGCAGACUCUGCAGCAAGCACCGACCCAACCAUUCAACCCAUACGCCAUGUACCCUUCGAACAUCAAAGCUGUUCUCAAGCUGGAGGGUGAUCUUAACGGCAUGGCUAACGACUGGAACGCCGACGAGGUGUCUGCAAGACGUCGUAUUGUACGCUUCCGCCGCAGUCAGAAUGGUAGUAUCAUUUCUGCUUCCUUCCAGCCCGUUACACCCGAGGAACAUGCACAAGCGCCUGGCUGCAUCUACGUCAACUGCAUCUGGUGGGAGGAGGAGAACGGCUGCUACAUCACCAGUGUCGAUACCAUUCAACUCUUGGAGUCCCUGGUCGCUGUUCGCUUCACUGUCGAAGAGAAGAACCGCAUCCGUCGCAACCUCGAAGGCUUCAGACCUCAGACAGUGUCAAAGACUAAGACCAAGUGCGAAGAGUUCUUCAAGAUUAUCAUGGGAUUCCCAAGUCCCAAGCCACGCAACAUCGAGAAGGACGUCAAGGUCUUCCCCUGGAGAAUCCUUGCAGGCGCCCUCAAGAAGAUCAUUGGCAAAUACUCUGCAAGUUACUCCUCGACUGCUGGCGCCUUGCCCUCUCCAAGCUCGGUCGCACCACCCAGACAUCAGCUGCACAGCUCAUCCCCUCCUUCAGUCACAAGCAACACCUCCAUGUCAUUCCCUACCAGCAUGACCGCAACGAGCAUGCCUAUGCAUCAAUCAAACAUAUCAGCAGGUAUGGGUGCCAUGUCAGCUGGACUUGGCGACUCACGCCUUAUGAUGCAGCAACAGCAGCCGCAGCCGCAGGCGCAGCAGCAGCAACAACAACACCAACACCAGCAACAUCAAUACCAGCCGCAGCAUCAUUAUCAGCAUCAAAGUCAACAGCCACCACUACACCAAUCCCAUGCCCAAGGGCCUCAACCCGGUGUCGGCUGGCAUCAGCCAUCGACUCACUACACAACUGAGCCCAUUGUGCCAAACCGUACAAACAGCAUAGAUUUCGCUACUUUGUGGGAGACGACCAACCCGCAAGUACCCCAAGGCCACCAACAGCAGCGCAUUCCAUCAAUCAGUCAGUCGUUGCCUCAUUUGUGGCCGCAGCAGGACUGGAAAGAUUACCGCACGACGCAAGCCUAG